AAGAUUUUCUUCAGCAUCAAGCAUCUGCUCUGUGCUUAUUUCCACUGUGAUCUUGGUGCCACGAAUCUCAUUCUUCCUGUUUCCAACACCUCUCACCUGCAGAUGUUCUCUUUCCAGUGCCACUAAUUAAGGAACCAACUUUUCAUUUCUUUUCCUCAGUGGCAAUGGCAAGAAUUCGGAUUACGAGUGCAAUCAUAAUACUCUUUGUUAUGAUUCAGACUGGAUUCUUACUCUUCAUGUAUGCCCGGUACUGUAGCUUCAUGCCUCAAUCUGAAGAAAAACCAUCUCAAGUCCACAUCCUCAUUCUCUCCUCCUGGAGGUCAGGAUCUUCUUUUGUCGGUCAACUUUUCAGCCAGCACCCCAGCGUCUUCUACCUGAUGGAGCCUGCAUGGCAUGUGUGGGUUACAAUGUACCAGAGCAGUGCCAAAGUCUUGCACAUGGCAGUGCGGGACUUAGUCAGGUCUGUCUUUCUGUGUGACAUGUCUGUGUUUGAUGCCUACAUGCCCUGGAAAAGAAACUUAUCCGAUCUCUUUCAGUGGGCAGUGAGUCGGGCUCUGUGUUCAGCUCCUGCUUGUGACUCUUUUCAACGUACAGACAUAACCAGUGAAAUGGCGUGCAAGACUCUUUGUGGCCGGUACCCAUUCAGCAAAGUGGAGGAAGCCUGUAAAACCUACAGCCACAUUGUCAUCAAGGAGGUCCGAUUCUUUGACUUGAAGGUUCUCUACCCACUUCUUACCGAUCCUUCUCUGAACCUCAAAAUUAUUCACUUGGUCCGUGACCCCAGGGCAGUUGUCAAGUCACGGGAACAAUCAGUCAAAGCAUUAGCCCGUGACAAUGGGAUUGUUUUGAGUACCAAUGGCACUAAAGUUGAAGACAGCAAAUAUAAAGUAAUGCAAGAAAUUUGUAGAAGUCAUGUUCAGAUUUAUGAAACAGCUACUCUAAAACCCCCUAGUUUCCUUAAAGAUCGCUAUCUAAUGAUCCGUUUUGAAGACCUGGUAAGAGAUCCUUUAUCAGAAAUCUCAGAAAUGUAUAAAUUUGCCGACCUUAGUUUGACCCCCACACUCAAAAGCUGGAUCUAUAAUAUCACACAUGGACAGGGACCAGGAAAAAAAAAAGAAGCCUUCAAAAUCACAUCCCGAGAUGCAGUUAAUGUUUCCCAGGCCUGGAGGAAUGUUCUUUCCUUCCAGAAAAUUAAGAAAGUACAGGAAGUUUGCAAAGGUGCUAUAAACAUGCUUGGUUAUCAGCUAGUAGAUUCAGAAAAAGAACAAAGAGAUCUGUCACUGGAUUUAGUGUUGCCAAGGCGACAAAACCAGUUCAGUUGGUCAUCAUUUAAUCCAAAGCACUAAGAUAGUACUCCUGCUCCAAGAGGUUUGGGGCAGGGUGGGAGGGGUGAAGUAUUUAUAGUGCAGUGUAUAGGUAAUUGGAAAAUACUUGAGUAAUGCAUUUAAUUAUCUUCCUGUCUCCUGUUUUUCCAAACUAUGUUUUUUUCUGAAUUUUUUACACUGCAAAACAAAACAAAUGAAAUGCAGCAAGAGACUUGUUAGAUUACAGAUUUACAGCCCAGCUGUGCUGUUUGCAGCAUUGUUUUAAGAAUAUAAUGUAAAUACUUUCUAUUAAAAGAUGAA